AGCGGCCGGCCGGCCGCACCUUCCAGACGCCCCGGGCGCCCCGUGCCAUCCGGUCUGCAGAGGGGCCCGGGGCCCGGCGCGCUCGGAGCCCCCGCCGCGUCCAGAGGCGCGCACAGCCUCGCCGCCCGCCCGGAGCCUCGCCGGCGCGGGUCCCGCGGCCCCGCCAUGCUCCCCAGCGCCGCGGCGGCCCGCGCCGGCGCCUCCUGGGACGCGGCGGCCGCCUCGGCGCUCCUGGGCUGGACCCCCGCGCCGGGCUUUGGGGGCCUGGGCAAGAGUUUCCUGAUCGAGAACUUGCUGCGCGCGGGGGCCGCCCCGCCGCUCGGACCGCCGCCGCCCCGGGCCCUGCCGGCCGGCCCGGUUCCCCUCCAGCUGUGCCCCGCGGCCGAGCACGUGCGCGCCGGCGGGGCGCCCUGCGGCCCGCGGUGGGCGGUGCAGGCGCUCAGCCCGUCGGCGGACGGCGCGGGGCUGCCGGGCCGGGCUCCGGGGGACCGAGACUGCGCCUUCCGGCCUUCGGCCCCAGUGCCUUCCAAACCUUGCUUUCUGAGCGCCCCCCCGCUCUGCUCGGCGUGCUGCGGUGAGUCCUGCCAGCGCCCUGCAUCCGCCACUGCUUUUCCAAGAGAAGGUGGAGGGCUGCCUCUCCUGGCUCAGGACUCUAAUGCUAAAGCUCGGAGGGGUAUUUUAAGAAGAGCCGUCUUUUCUGAGGAACAGAGAAAAGCUCUGGAGAAAAUGUUCCAGAAGCAGAAAUAUAUCAGCAAGACAGACCGAAAGAAACUUGCCAUCAGCUUGGGCCUGAAGGAAUCGCAGGUGAAAAUUUGGUUUCAGAACAGAAGGAUGAAGUGGCGGAACUUCAAAGAAAAAGAAGUGCUUUCCAACAGGUGUGUCCAGGAAGUGGGCCUCCAAGAGGACCCCCUGGCCCGGCCUGCGCCGGGUUUCCCUGCUCCGUGCCCUUCGCUCUGGGAAGUCUGCCGGCAGCCGAGCCCGAGGUGGAGAGAAAGCGCACCGGAGCCCUUGGACAGACUCACCCGGGAGGGUCCCGGGGCACUGUGCCCGGUGGCACGGGCCCUGCCGGGUGCCUUGUUCGUGUGUCCUGGAGAAGCUGGAAGCGAGGGCGCGCUCACCAAGUCUGUCUGAACGGAAGCGAGCAUCCCUCCGUGUUGACUUAGAACACUUAGCUGAUAACACUUAGCUUUGGAUCUAAAGCCAGCUACCCUGUGUCUCAUCAGUGCCUAAAACCUAACACCUCUGGAGUGAUCCAUGAACUAAUGCUUUAGGAAAACUCUCUCCUAUGUUCUCUUUUUGGGUCCCAGAUUCAGACUUAAUUUGUCGGCGGAACAGAAUCUCCAGAAGGAACAGUGGAUGGGACAGACUGAGAGUACCAGUUGGCUCAGCCCCUGCUCUGAGUAGAUGCAUGCGUAUCUCUACGUGUGUGUGUAUAAAUAUUCAUUAAAACACAUUAGUAGAAACUAGUUCCUCUUUUAAUAUUACAUUUCCUUUUAUAUGAAGAAAAACCAUUGACCCAAAUGUUAAUUAAAAAAAAAAUAAUGUGAAAUUUGGAUUUCAGUGUAAAUUUUCAUACCCAAGGACAUGUUUUAAAAUAUUCUCUAUUUCCUGUUUUUUUUCAGUAUCCAGCCAUCAGUGAAUUUUAACAGCUUAGUAAUCCUAAUCAAAUGAACCACUGUUAGAUUCAUACACUGAAAGCAUGUAUUUUAAGUCAACCCAGAAAGUAAACCGGAAGGAUUUCUGAAUGAAAUGAUUAGUAUCCUUAAUUUCUAAGCUCUGCCCCUUACCAGGCCAUCAGUGAGGGAGGGAGGUACCUAUUCAACUAAUUUAUCUUUUCAUCCCUUCUCUUAAGAAUGGGCCUUAGUCAAGGUUUGCAAAAUAAAAUGCCUUUAAGGGCCUGUCAGGUGAAAAGAGGGCAUGGCCCACCUAAAGAUACUUGAAUUUAAUAAUUUUUAAAAUACGGUGUUGGCCAACCAAAACGUGUGUGCCAUGCAGUUUGUGACCUCUGGUGAAGACUUCAAGAAGUGUUGUAGUUCUUCAAAUGUUCCCACCUGGACUUCAAAAUACAGUGAUGAUGGAUCUUAUAGUUAUUUCUGUUUACACUUGUAGUUAGAGACUCAAUUUUCCACUUAGGUGGUAUGUUCUAUAUAUAUUAGGUUAUUUUUAUGUAUUAACAAACACCACACAGAUGUUUUGUGUGGUUUUUUUUGAGUAUCCUGAAAUAGUAUUAUUAUAAAAUUGCAUUUCUGGUAGCAAUUUACUUAAUUAAUCUAGAAAUUUUUAUUCCAGGUCCAAGAAAAAAUUAUAUUUCACUUUGAAGGAAAUGAGACAGAAAAAGGAAAUGAUGUGGUUUUGAACUAGGUUAUUAUUAAUUUGUGGACAAGAAACAUUAGAAAUUCUUGAUGUGGAAUUUUGUUAGUGAGAAAGCCAUGGAAAGAGAGUGGCUCCUAAUUGGCUCUUAGCUUUAGAUUUUGAAGGUUCAGGGUUUAGAAAAGGCGGUAUUUCAGAAAGUAAGGGGUUUUGGUGAGCAUCAAGAACUUAUUUUGGGUGAAUGGAAUUUGAAUGCGUAUAGGUUAGCCUGUCUUUAUCAUGAGAUCUUUUAUGGAAAAGUCAUCUCAAAAGAAGCUUGUCUCAGAUCCCCUUUCGGGGAGGAAGAGGGGGGAAUCUGCUCACAAUUUAAAAUUUAAAACCUGUCUUAAAAUGAUUUGUAAUAUGGUUUCCUUUCUCUGUAUAAUAUAAUGUUAACCUCAUUUCCAUGUGUUGGGGUCCUUCCUGCAUUCUGGAGUCUCCGCUAGGUCUUCAGGGUGGAUUAACGAUUCAGUCCUUAUGACAAUAACCCUGUGAUGUAGGCACUUACACUGCCAGCGUUCCUGUUACCCAGACUCAGGGCGGUGCGGGUAGGGUGCCUGCCCAAGGUGAUAAGGUUAAUAAAUGGGGUUUGGACCCCGGCAGUCAAGUUUCAGAUCCUGAAGUCUCACCAACCACGUGGAGGUGGAGGCUGCUGUGGAGUCUGUUGUCCUAGCUAUGGACGCAUUGUGAGAUCUGUGUCUUGGGGGUUGCCGUGUGCUUUAUUAAAGAAAUUUAGAAGCACAUUGUACUUUAUAACCUCUUACUGGGGGAUGGUUUUCUUAGUAUUCCCUAUUAGUUUUGAGGUUUAAGGACAGUAAAGAAUUGCAAAAGCUUCCAGCUCUGAAGCCCCUAUGGAGUGGAGAACAGUCCCAUAGGAGUGUUUUAAGUGUAAACUGGAAAUACACACACACACACACACACACACACACACAUAUAUAUAUAUAUUUGGAAAUAUAUUUUUUAAUCACUCUGUUAAAAAUCAUAAAGUGCUCAUCUGUAAUCAUCGUUCCUUGCGACUAACUUGAAAAUCAAAUGAGAGAAACCUGAAUCGUGGUCCUCUGAUACCCAGGCUUUAGAAGGGGGCUCACUGGUGUUGUCUGAUCGGCCCCCAGGGUUUCACCCCAAACUCUGAGACCCAGCAGAGGCUUCUCUCUGUGAGAUUGGCCUGAUUUUUGAAUAGACAAAUACACCUCCGACUUGGUUUCUGCUUGGAAUAUGUGAAGGCUCAGGAAAAGUAUGCUUUGGGUGAAUGUAUGAGUGGCGCGUUGGGGGCGCAUGAGCUCACAGCGAGACCCAGGUGGGCACUUACCUGCGCUGCGGAGAGGCUCUGAGCUCGGUUCCGAGUGGCGCGGGCCUCCCCUCUCCCUGCGCUGGAGCUCUGCCCGCCGUCCUCCACCUACACGGGUAUCUCCUCCCUCGUCUAGACACGGACUCCGUCCAGGGGGCACAGUACACGCGGCGUCCGCUUCCCGGGCCAGCGCUCUGACACGCGCCAGGGCUGCAGAAGCCUGGGGGCGAAAGUAUUUAAAACGUUUCAAGAGAAAUUGUCCAGUGGAUCUUGAGCAGAUGAGAUGGAAAAAUGAUGGGCAGUAUCCUCUAGCUUUUAUAAAGAUAAAUGUUUUGUAAAGCUAAAUGUGGAGGGUUGAAAGUAUAUAAGCAGGUUAGGAAUGGUCACUGGACCUGGAGAUCUUUGAUAUUGAAAAGGCAGCUCUGGUUCCUGAGCAAGGAGGUUGGUUGAAUGGGGAACCCGAUUAUUUAGUCUGUCGGUUCUUGAACUUUAAAAAUCCAUAGACAUGCAAAUGCCAUCCUUUCUAUCCAGUUUUGGGUAUGUGCUCAGAUCUGGACAUAUGUUCACACAUAUUCUUCAACAUUCACACCUCCCAUCCCACCACCCAGAAUCAUUAUACAUAUAUUUUUUUCACUUUUUGAAUAUAAAAUCAUAAUUAAAUAUGUCCACCCAAAUGACACAUGCCCUUUCUGGCCCCUUUACUCGCCAUUCUGACGUUACGUGUAUACCUUCAAGCUACGUGCUCCCCUGCCUGCUCUGUGGCCCAUUUUUGUCAAGCUCCGCUCAUCUUUAAUACAGUGGAGCUCAUUCUGCUGUGUUCCUAAGGCUCUAGAUGCUGCCUUCAUCUGAAAUCAUGCAAAUACAGGUUUCCACACCUCCUGGGCACCAUGUGUGAGCGCUGUCCUAGGCUCUGUGCAAACAAGUAGGAGGGAGAGAGUGUCAUUGCCCUCAAGAAAUUUAUAGUCUGUUCUUCUUGCCAAACACUUGAAAUACCCAUGCUCCUGUGCCUGGAUCCAGUAAAACUGGGGAAAAAAGUAAUCUUCUGACAUCCUCCCCAAAUCCCUUCCAUUUGCAGUGGUGAGAGGGGAGGCUUAUCAAGGGCUCCGCCCUUCAGACAAGCUGCUUGGCCUUUGCUGGCUUUCUAUGCUGUCUGUCCUGCAUUCGGCCACGUCGGCCCCGAAAAGGGCCAGAAGGGGCCCAAGAGCUCGGCUGUCUUUUGUCCGCAGCGCACCCCACCUUCUGCUCUUUCUACCUUCUCAGCCUCAGAUCGACCUGUGCCCGUGGUGGGUGGGAAGAGUGGAGGAAAAGCGAAUAACAAAGAGUGGGGAAUCAGGUGACAAGUAUUCCUGAAUAGGUAGGGAUAAUUUCACAGAAUUAAUUUACAUCCUAAACCAUUUCUGAAACAAGAACUACCUUAAGGUCAUAGUACUAGCCUGCAAAGAUGGCUCUUAGCUUCCAUGUAUUAGUCGGAUUCCUUUACAUUAAUUUUUUGGUUAUAAAAGUUAUACAUACUCAUUAUAAAUACACACUUGAAAAUAUAGCUAUCAAAGAAAAAAUGUGUAAUUCUACCAUCUGGGGAAAGCCAAUUUUGUGGUAGCUCUUUUGUGAAAAAUAUUUCACUUUUGAGUGUGUAUAUAUGUUUAUGUAAAUGUGUGUGUGUCUAAAUAAAACUCAACUUUAUACAGAGAACAUUUUCAU